GGCGGGCGGGGGUGUUCUUGUGCCGGACCGCACCGAGCCGCACCCGGCUGGUCCUCCCGCCCCGCCGCCGCCAGGUCCCACUCCCCUCACCCUCUCGGCGUUCCCAGGGCCAGCGGGGCCGUGCUGAGUCACGGCGGUCCGGCGCGACCAUGGCGGACUCCCUCAUGGGCGCGGGGGCCCGGGAGGCGCGAAGGGCGCGUGGCGGCUGUGGUUAAAGCCCUUCCCGGGGACGGGAGCGGGACUUCCAGGCGGAACGGUGGUCCCAGCCUCCGCAGCCUGCGGCUUCGGCGGCGCAGCUCCCGGGGAGGGAAGUCACGCCUCGGCCCUCUGUGGUGGGCAGCGGCGCUGGGAGCGCCUCAGACGGGCCCGGCACUGAUGUGGCUGGAGAAUUGCGUUUGGGGAGUGUUUCGUGGUUUUCUCCGUGAUUUUAACUUUGAUCUUCCCUCUUGUCACGUCCCCCAGAAUUCCAGAGGCACUGCUUCUCUGUUGAAGGAUAGUAUCUCAUUUACAGAAGUUUCAUCUUCAGGGCUAUUUGAAGGUCAUGAUCUUCUGCGCAGAGGCUUUACAAGUGUGAAAAGUGAAUUGUUGCCCAGCCACCCACUGCAGUUGACAGAAAAGAAUUUCCAGUUAAAUCAAGAUAAAACAAACUUUGCCACGCUGAGAAACAUCCAAGGAAUCCAUGCACCUUUAAAGCUGCAGAUGGAAUUCAGAGCAGUGAAACAGGUCCAGCGUCUACCAUUUCUUCACAGCUCAAACAUGGCAAUGGAUAUUUUGAGGGGAAAUGAUGAAUGCAUUGGUUUUGAGGAUAUCCUUAAUGAUCCUUCCCAGAGUGAGAUUAUGGGAGAACCACACAUCAUGAUGGAGCACAAGCUCGGUUUAUUGUAACAAAAUAUACUUCACAAAAAUGUUUUGUGUGUCUUUCUAGCGCAGAUCUAAGUACAUGGUACUAAAUUGACACUCACAGUGUUAAGCAGACCUAGUUAUCACUUGCCUUCCUUAAUGAAAAGGCACAUUAAAUGUUUAAAGUCCAUAAACUGUUCUGUGCUUGUUAUCAAUCAUACAAAUGUCCUGUAACUAGGUAGUUUAAAUAAUGCCUUUUCAUAAACUGCUCAGGACAAUAGCUUCUUAAAUAUGGAAAUGCUAUAUAUGUAUACAAGAAAUUAAAAAAUACCCAGGCAUUUUAAAACUGACUACUGUGGUAAAUGCAUUUAAUGGGGGAAGAGGAAGGUAUUUUCCGUUGCAUAACUCUUUGUUCAUGAAAAUUUCCAUACACUUUUUAAACUAUUGAAUAAAAGUUUGCUAUAAAUGCUA